AUGAAGCCCUACACAAUACUUGGCUGCAUAGCAACAAUGACCCUGGCGUAUCCGGGUAUGGACCGAGUUGUGCGCGAGAUCAAGGCACGGGAUUAUGGAAUAGAGAAAAGAUCCCCGGAAAUGAUCGGUGAUCUGAUUGACGGCGCUUCAAGUGCAACCGGGUCCACCAUCAAAUCGAUUUUGCAAGGAGAGUAUGCUAUUGCAAGGCGAUCGACAUAUACGGCACCCGGCCCCAUUGAUUCUGACGAAUGCAAAAAGGAUACAUGUUGUAUUUGGAGCUAUAUUGCUUCUGACAUGCAGAAUGCUUUCCAAGACGGCAGUUCUUGUUCAGACUUGGCUCGUGGAGCAAUUCGCCAAGGAUUCCACGACGCUGCAACCUGGGACAAGGGCUCGUCCUAUGGAGGAGCUGACGGUUCUUUGCUCCUUUCUGAUGAAUUGAGCCGCUCUGAGAAUGCGGGCCUGGAAUCAAUUGGCGACCAAACGAAAUCAUGGUUUCAAAAAUACCGAGACCACAACAUCACCAUGGCCGACCUCAUCCAGGCAGCGGCCAUUGUGGGAGUGGUAUCUUGUCCGGGAGGACCCAGAAUACGUCUUUUUGUCGGUCGCCAGGAUAAUAGCCAAGCUGGUCCAACUGGAAUGCUCCCAUCUGCUUUUGCGGAUGCGCAGUCCUUGAUUGACCUCUUUGCCGCCAAGACCUUUUCCGCCGACGACCUGGUUGCCCUCGUAGGAGCACAUACUGUCGCCAAGCAAAGCACUGUGGAUGCUUCUCGUUCUGGUGCAUCUGAAGACUCGACUCCAGGAACGUGGGAUAACAAAAUUUACUCCGAGACCUUGGAUUCGGGCAACAAAUCCAUUCUCACCUUUCCUAGCGACAAGAACCUUGCAACGUAUAGCCAAACAUCAAGUCAAUGGAACACCUUUGCCUGCACAAAUGGUCAAUCAUUAUGGGCAAAUGCAAGUAUCCUGUUUGGUAUUUUUCAAGCUCUGCUAACUUUGCUCUAG